AUGCCCGGCGGCUGCCGCGGGGCGGCCUGGCGCCUGCGCGGCGCGAGGGCGGCGCUGCCCGCCGCGCUGGCGCUGCCCUGCGGGCGGCAGCGCCAACGGCGGAGCGCGGCCCGCGCCGAGGAGUGCGAGAGCGACUCGUGCGGCCGCCACGUGUACGUGGUCGGCGGGGGCCUGAGCGGCUGCCUCGCCGCGCACCUGGUCAGGAGGCAGGUGCCCUGCGGCGGGGAGGGCGGACCGCUCAGGAUCACCAUCCUCGAGCGUGCCAGCUACUGCAGCGGGCGCUUCGGGGCGGGCCUCCGCUUCAGUGCCUCGGCCAGCGCCGCCGCCGGCGGUGGGGGUCUGGAGGGCCAGGCCGCUGCAGCGGCAGGGCUCUGGUGCAACCUCGGGUCGCAGGUCCUGUCCGCCGUGAACCCGUCCGGGGCGCACGCGAACGCCGGGGAGGCGGGCCACGGCAUGCGGCGCGGGGACCUCGCGGGGGCGUGGCGGCUCGCCAUCCGCCUGCGCGACGAGGGCCUGCUGCUGGGCCCGGUGGGCCAGGAGCAGGAGAUCGAUGGCUACCCCCUCGCGUGCACCGACGAGCGGAUGUGGUACCCAGACCUCUGGUACCAUUUCGUCCCCUCGCCGCUUCAGGGGCUGCACGGGGUGCUCCGGUUCCUCGUGCGGGAGAGCGGGGCAGACGUGCAGCUCCGCCGCAGGGUCCUGGGCGCCGACCUGCGGGAGCUGCUCGCCGGCCGCUGCGCCGACCCUGGCACUGGUCGAGCGGCCGCGGGGAAGGUAGUGGUGGUGCUGGCAGUGCCUGCCCCAGAGGCGCUGCUGAUUCUGCAAGAGUCGAAGAACGAAGACGGCUCAAACAUAAAUUGUCGGAGGUCCUCGCGGAUUUCUUGGAUCGGCGCCGACCACCCCUUCCCUGGCGCGCUCCGCGCGCCAGGGGCGCCGUCAGGGGGGCCCAGCGGCGAUCAAAGGAAUCCGCGCAGACCUCCGAAAGCUUGUGUUUAUGUCGUUCUAGUUCCCCUGAAGACGUCGCUCAAGACAUCCACGACUUCGCCACGCUCGGGCGCGAGCUCGCCAGCAUCGGCUACGAUGGCCGCAUGGCGGUUGCCUUCGGGCUCGACGCCAGUAGGCUGGAGACCCCCCCCCAGUGCGACCACCGCGAGCCAGGCGGGGGCGGCACCGUCGGCUUCGCCGAGUUCCUGAGGGCGACCGUCUUCAAGGUUGGAGCCGGCUGGGGGUCUGAGGUGGCCGGCACUGGUUCUGGCGACCAGCAUUUUCUCCUGACCGACGUUCUAGGGGCUCAUCGGCUGAGACCCUCUGGCCGCGUCGACGUCAAGGGCGGCAGGGAGGUCAACCUGGACCUCGAGCCCUGGGACCACGCCGAGAACCUCCUGCACAUGCAGGGGGCCAGGACGCACGGCGUGGCCGCACUCUGUUCGAGCGUCCGCGCUGCUCUCUUGGGGCCGGUGCUGAGCCGCCCGCGCCAGCGUGCGGAGCGCGCCACGCGCGGCGCCGGAGGGCGUCGGGAGAGGGAGGGGCCCGGGCGCCGACCCCAGAGAUCCGCGCGGGCACGCCAAGGCUUCUCUGCGGCGCUCCCGAGAGGGCCUCGCCCGCGAAGGUCGAGGGAGUUGGCAUCGCUUCCGGGGGCGGAGGGCGGCGGAAGGGCGGCAGACGGCGGCGUAGGUCAAACAGCGGCGUCUCCGCCAGCGGAAGCUCGCGGAAGGCCGACGGCGGCCGACGUGCGAGAACGAUUCGCCCCCCGAGGAAAGGCAAGGUUUGUCCCUAUGCAAACAGUCUGCAAGGAUUGUCAGAUAUCUGUUC